AUGGGCCCAUCAAAAUCCAAUACAUCUCGGAAACCCUCGAAGCAGGCGCCAAAGCCAGACAGGAAGAGUAAUGACCCUGCAUCUGGAUCCCGCCGCAAACCCCAACCUCAGCAGCAGCAGCACCAAAAGCCAUCUUCGUCCGACGAGGAGGGCGCGAACAAGAUCGAUAUCUCUAGCAGGAUCCCGCUAACUCUCCAACAACUGCUCUUGAAUGUAUUCAAGGCUGCUUUGCUUCAGAGCAAUACUCCUAUUUCCCCGGCCCACGUCCAGGAGGAUCCACAAGCAGGCACGGCGGGAGAGCCACAGCUCGACAUCAAGACCCUAAUUCAGACGCUCAAGUCUCAUCUGUAUAAUCGAGACUUUGAGUCUGCAUUUGCCGAUGCGAGUGGGGAGCUGCUUAGCGCUUAUGCGUUACGAUGGAGUGCUGCGCGCGCAUUGGGGUAUGCGGGGUUGUUCAAGUCGAUCCUGGAGGUUUUGACUCAAGAGCAACAACCAAAUAGUGCUUCAGGUGAAGGGCAGCCUGGAACGAACCAUGUCGUAUGUAUUGGGGGAGGUGCAGGUGCGGAGAUUGUUGCCCUUGCAGCGGCGUGGAGAGACUUUAUGGCUGAUCGAAACGACGAGAUGUCAAAUGCCCUUGCUGCUGUAUGCCUGGAUACCGCAAAUGGGGAAGGAGAAGAAGAAGAGGAAAGGCCACAGAUAAAGAUUUCCCAUCCUACUCUCUCAGUCACAGCUGUCGACAUUGGUGACUGGUCUACGGUUGUGGAUAGGCUAUCCUCGACUAUACAAUCACCCAACGUUCCCAGCUCAAAAUCGCACCCUGCACCAUUACUCCCGGCCCAAUCCAACUUCACCGUGGAUUUCAAUCGCCUCGACGUUCUUUCCCUAUCAGACUCAGAGCUCGAUACUCUAUAUCACCCCUCCAAAUCACCCAGUACCACACCAACAACAUUGGUAACUCUCAUGUUCACCCUAAACGAGCUCUUCUCAACAUCCAUGGCCAAAGCCACGGCCUUUUUACUCAAAACAACAGACCUCCUACAAGCCGGAACCAUUCUUCUCGUCGCUGAUAGUCCUGGCAGCUACUCGACGCUAAAAUUAGGAAAGAAUGAUAGCUCAGGCGCGCCGCAGGAAAGGCAGUAUCCGAUGAAGUUCCUUCUUGAUCAUACGCUGCUCUCGGUUGCGAAGGGGAGGUGGGAAAAGAUAUUCUCGCAGGAUUCGAGGUGGUGGAGGAGAGAUGCGGCGAGGUUGUGGUAUGAUGUUGGGGAAGGGGCUGGGUUGGAGGAUAUGAGGUUUCAGAUUCAUGUUUACCGGAAGUUAUGA